AGAUCCAUCAUAAGUGCUAGAAAAGCAGAUGUUCUCAGGCAAACAGUCGGAAUUAAUGGUGAUUUAUUGAUUAAUAUAGGUAUUUUUUCUCAAUGGUGGUUUUAAUACUGGUGCCUUAAGUGUGUGUGUGGUACUAAUUAAGGAAAGGUUUAGAUCAUUUCUGGAGGCUUUGUCAUUAAAACUGAACUCAUAACGCAGAGGGGAUGGCAUGUUGUUCACCCUAAUGUGGGUUACAUUCUGUGCAGGACACAUUGGAUUAAAAGAGAUGCAGCCACAGAGGAAGGUAUUUAUGAGCAGACAUUUCUUAUAUAACUGCAGCCAACCAAUCCUGGAUGUGAAGAUAGCCUUUUGUCAGGGUUUUGGAAAACAAGUGGAUGUGUCAUAUAUCGCCAAACAUUACAACAUGAGCAAAAGCAAAGUGGACAACCAGUUCUACAGUGUGGAAGUGGGAGACUCCACCUUCACAGUUUUAAAACGUUACCAGAAUUUAAAGGCCAUUGGCUCUGGAGCUCAGGGAAUUGUCUGUGCGGGCUAUGAUGCUGUCCUGGACAGAAAUGUAGCCAUCAAGAAGCUGAGCAGACCCUUUCAGAACCAGACCCAUGCCAAGAGGGCAUACCGGGAGUUGGUGCUCAUGAAAUGUGUCAAUCACAAAAAUAUCAUCAGUUUAUUAAAUGUCUUCACACCACAGAAAUCAUUAGAGGAAUUCCAGGAUGUGUACCUAGUGAUGGAGCUGAUGGAUGCCAACUUGUGCCAGGUGAUUCAGAUGGAGCUCGACCAUGAGAGAAUGUCCUACCUGCUCUACCAGAUGCUGUGUGGUAUCAAACAUCUGCACUCAGCCGGCAUUAUUCACAGGGAUCUCAAACCAAGCAAUAUAGUGGUGAAGUCAGACUGCACCCUGAAGAUCCUGGACUUUGGUCUGGCCAGGACCGCAGGCACCAGCUUCAUGAUGACCCCUUAUGUGGUGACUAGAUACUACAGAGCCCCAGAGGUUAUCCUGGGCAUGGGAUACAAAGAGAACGUGGAUAUAUGGUCGGUGGGGUGCAUUAUGGGAGAAAUGGUGCGCCACAAAAUCCUCUUCCCUGGGCGGGACUACAUCGACCAGUGGAACAAGGUAAUUGAGCAGCUGGGCACACCCUCACCAGAUUUCAUGAAGAAGCUUCAGCCUACAGUGAGGAACUACGUCGAGAACAGGCCAAAGUACACAGGUCUCACCUUUCCCAAGCUCUUCCCUGACUGCCUUUUCCCUGCUGACUCUGAGCACAACAAACUCAAAGCUAGCCAGGCCAGAGACCUGCUGUCAAAGAUGCUAAUCAUCGACCCUGCUAAAAGGAUAUCAGUGGAUGAAGCCUUACAGCACCCCUACAUCAACGUGUGGUAUGAUCCAACUGAGGUGGAGGCGGCCAGGGAUCUCAUCCAAAUAUCCAUGCCUCCACCUCAGAUCUACGACAAGCAGCUGGAUGAAAGAGAACACUCCAUUGAUGAAUGGAAAGAACUAAUUUACAAAGAGGUGAUGAACUUUGAGGAGAGAACGAAGAAUGGCGUUGUGAAGGGACAGCCUUCACCUUCAGCACAGGUGCAGCCGUGAACAGCAGCGAGAGCCUCCCUCCCUCCUCCUCCAUAAACGACAUCUCCUCCAUGUCCACCGACCAGACCCUGGCCUCAGACACUGACAGCAGCCUGGAGACCUCUGCAGGACCCCUGGGGUGUUGCAGGUGACUAGCCGCCUGCCUGCGAAACCCCAUGUUCUUCCGAAGGUGAAGAACCCAACCGCAAAUGACCGACUGAAAAAACACAACAACAAAAAAAAGAUCAAAAUGAAUAUAUUAAGAACAAAAACAUGAGUUAUGGAAUCACUGAAUCUGAAAUGAUCAAAUCUAAAGCCUGUGCAUUGUCAUUCAAAAACAGCAGUGGUAUUUAAACUGAAGUAAAUGAGCUAAGAUAUAUGUUAAUGAUCCUCUAGUUGCUUUGCUUAUAUUACCCCACAUAUCAUGUAUAUGGCAUCCAAACAAAACGACCAAAUGCUUUGACUUGCAUCUCCUGUAAAGUGCAUAUUGGCGGGCUGCAGGUCUCACAAUUCCUUACAAAAGCAUUUAUGCUCCAAUCAUUGUGGCAAGGUGGGCUGCCAUUUUUUCUCAUCACUACUGUACAAUACAUUCUCCUUUCCCCUUUUCCCUUAUCCAAUCCUUAUGUAAUGGCACUGCUGUAUUUUAACCUCUUAGACAUCCUCAAUCCCCACCCAACACAAUCCCCAUUGUAAGGUUGCCUGAUGUGUGUGUUUUUAUGUGGUUAUUCUGCAGGGAUAUGUAGUCGCUCUCACCCAGAGGGCGGCGCUCCCGGCGCUACUUGUAAAUAAUGUAAUUCUGUACAGCUGAAGGGCACACAGAGUGGGACUGACGGCCAGUACACUGGGAGUUUAUUUCUUGACUAGCGCACCUUGCCACAUCACUGCUUUCCACCUCAGUUGCCCCUACCUAUUGCUGUAGUCCUGCAUGGUUAGAUUUAAAACAAUGCUAAUCUCACUGUAUGCUAAAAUGAGUCUGAAUAAAGACUUUUGUUUAUAUACGAUGUAAACUAACUCAACUCCAGACAAGGGGGGUCUGGUCGUAGAAUAGGACGAGUGAGUGAGUGAGUGUGUGUGUGUGUGUGUGUGUGUAUGUGUGUGCGUGUGCGCACGUGCGUGUGUGCGUGUGUAUGUUUGUUUGUUUGUUACCAAGCCAUUAAGACAUUAGUAAAAUGUCAGGGCUGAAUUUGGGACUUAAAGCGUCAGUACACUCUCAAAUAAAUUAUUUUGAUUGUUUUCAGACUUUAUAAAAUGGCCUUUAAAAAGGGGUUUAAAAAGUCUGAUUUGUGUGUAAUGUCCCUUUUAUUUCUCCUGGCAGUGUAUGAUCGGUCCCUCCACCACCCCACGGACUGGCCCACAGCCCUGCAUGUCAUUGUGUACCAUUAACCCCUCAUAGGUACAGGAGGUUGGUCUGUUUCACUGUGGUGUUGCCACCAGGAGAUGCUACUUAUUUAUUUGACUGUCUGAAACAUAGAAGGCUUUUAGAAAGAGAUACAAAUGAUACAGCAGGUAGAUUAAAGGCGGGCGAUGAGUGUUAACCUCGUAGCAAUGUAUCUUUUUGUUCUAAAGUAAACUCAUUUUACCACACACUACACAAAAGUAAUAAAUAAUAAAGGAAAAAAAGGAUCUGGGAUAGAGGCUACCCAACAGUUAUGUUAACUACAUUAUUUCUUAGGUGGAAGAUUUAUUUAUUUAUUUAUUUAUUUUGAUAGAUGGAACCUGAAUAUGGCAAGUGCCUUUUGGAAUGAAGCAUUGCAAGUGCAGAAAUUAUAUAUUUUUUUUGGUUAUUUUUUUCUCUGCUUCUUCUUUUUCUGCCUUAAAACUGUCUGAAUCCCCAAGCCACCAACGUUGGUGGAAACAUUUAAGGAAGAAAAACACAGUUUGGCCAGAUGUUGGCGCUUUCACUUAAGUUUCUAAAGUGACAUUUUGUGGUGUGAAAUCAAAUUGCUCUCUUCAGAUUGUAUGGCUUAAGACGUACGUAUGCUCAUACUAGUUUUUGCACAACAUGAAAGGUUUUCUGCCAUUUUCCAUAACGAUUUAAUUUCUACUUAUAACUGAAUCUCUAUGAAAUAGUGUGACCAGAUUUUCUCAAACUGGGACAUCGUCCAGUUACAGCCCACUACUGUAGGUCACAUCCAAUCGUUGAUAUUGCACCCAGAGCCAAGGCCAUCUGAUGUCCAUCUUAAUCACUGCUCACAACAACAACAUUUUAGCUACAUUAAUUAAUUUAUGUUUUACUGCAGCAUUCUUCUCAUGCUUUAAAUAAAAUACAAUCCAACGAGAAGCAGGUGAUCUACAGUAUAACAUGUUUAUUAGUUUGUGUAUGUGUUGUUUAUACUUAGUUAUAUAAUUCCCAUCACCUUGGUUUCCACUGUCAUAUUCCAUGUUCUCAGGCAGGUUGUGUGGGUUUAUGGGCAAAGAACCAUUAACAGAAGUUGGGUUGAGAAAUCAAAUUUUACCAGCAAAGAAAUAACUUCAAUAAACAUUUUUAGCUGUUAGAUGGACAGACAUUCUAGUGUUUGUGUGAGAAACAGAUUACUACUUGCUUUAUGCAUAAAAAUUGGAUUACCUGUCAUCACUUGACAAUCAGGUAACUGACAACAUACAAAGAUAAGGUUUCUAGACACUCAAGGAUGCUUAUUGCCCCUUGAUGAAUCAAACACAGACAUCUGUGUUUGUUUCUUGCACGUCAAAACAACAACUUUUUAAAAUAUUUCCUACUUAUGGAAAUUGCAUGGCUCAUAUGUCCACUAGUUUAGACUAAACGUUCAAUCCCAGUCGUGACAUUGUUACAUCAUUGAGCAGUAAUGACAGCAGUGUUUAAGUGGACACCUCACAUCUAACUGUAAUCUCCGGUUCAGCUGCUACAGCACAGUGGUUUCCUUUCUGCAUGGAGUCUUCCUAAAGCACCCUGUCCAUGUACAUACAAUGUCUCAAAAUCCCUCCCCGAAAAAAAAUGAUAUACAUAACUUCUAAUGGCUACUUUGUUAACACUCUUUCUGCCUUUGGCUUGUGUACAGUGAACCACACACAGACUUACAGUACCUGACACAGAGGGUCACUGAGGGUGGCGUCUCCAGAAUAAGUGACGGCUAGAUCGGCUUUCUGUUCAGGGUCUGGCCAGGGCAAUCUUUUAAAAAAACAGGGUGCAACUUUGAAAUUCUUUGUGUGUUGAAAAUGUUGAAUCUUUCACAAAGGGGUCUAAGUGUUUUAAGUUGACUCCUACAACCACAUAUAAUCACAACACUGUUGCAGUCAUUGCUGCAAGGGCAUUCUUACCCAUCCCAACUGCAUUCUUCUUCUCAAGUACAAAUACUGAAACAUCCUUUUUUCUUUGUCUUUCUCUGAAUGUGAUCUUUUUUUAUAAAGACAUCCCUCCAGACAAUUAUGCUGUAAUAAAAAAGGUGCUUUUGGUUCUGUAUAAUGCGCCUGAAUUUGAGAUGAUUUCUAACAGCUGGGUUGUCAGCACUGAAUGUAGAAAUGAAUUGUUUCACUCACACCAUUGCUGCUCUGCUUUGUCAUUAGUGUGUGUGAUUUCAAAUGAACCAGCAUUCAACACAAACUGUCUGUAAAGUUGAAUUGGAAGAUGUGAUCUGGCAAUCUGGACAGAUUAUCCAACAGUUCAUGUUUUCACAUCUUUCUUUCAAUACAGGAUUUUGUGAGAUUGCUUUUACGAAUGUUGAUGGCGAGGUGGUACAGUUGUGUGUUUGGAAGUAGUUCAUGUGUGUAUUCACGUUUAGUCACAUAAACUUUAGAAUUUAGAAUUGUGUCUCCUACCAAUCCUGAUCCUAAUUUUUGUUACGAGGGAUUUGAAAUUAUCUCUUGUCGAUUCAGGAUUUAGCCAAAUUCAUGCCAUUCAUUUCUAAUCUCAAGAUGGCUGACUUGUCAUUCAGCCAUAAUGUUUUGCCAAUAUAAAGUCAGAAGUUAGGAUACAUCUUAUACUCAGCUGUGCCAACAUAAAAUCUUUGGACUCAGUAGUUGAAACCCCCAGUUUAUUAAUUUUCACCUUUUUCUCUCAAGUCAUAUUGUAAAUAACAACAAUCCAACAAUGCAAUAAACACUUUAUUGCACUCAGACAGGGAGGCAAGCUACUGCAAGGGUCGGGUGACGCUAACAUGUUUAAAUGUGGAUGAUUAAAAUGUGGAACUCUACAAUGAUGAAUCCCUGUAUAGCUCAUCUGAAUCAGGUGUUGUUCUUCAAUUCCUUUACGAUUCCUUCUCUCUUGUUUCUUUUACUCCGUGCUGUUUUAAUGAAUCAUUCUUUUGACAUUGUCAGGUUGAAAAAAAGAAAAUAAAUUGUAUCUGUUUCACGCUGAUCUCAAAGCUUCAGGCUAUGGCGUUUCAAAUAAAGUCAAAACAAAUGCUAAAAGAAAAAGAAAAAAAUGUACUGAAAGCUGUUACUGUAAACACAACAUUUUAAAGGAACUGUGUAUGUAAAAAUAGUAUAUGUAUGUGAUUGAAAAUAAAUAAAAUCUUUGAUCUUGGA